CUUGUAUGAACCAGGUCAAAAAAGAGACUAAUUAAACAAAUGUCCGUCCCAGGGUCAUCUUGCUUUGCCGCUACCAUAUAAUAGGAACCGACUACAACGAGGGCCCCGUCUUCCCUCUUCCUUCUCCUGCUCUCCCCCUCAUCUCGCUGCACACAUGCAGCGUCCGACUUGCUCCAACAUCCGCAUCCGCUCUGCCCGCGAUGCACACAAGAUAUUCGUCGCAAUACAGCAAGGCAAACUCCAGAUGGUCAACCGCCGCCUCGACGCUGAUGAGAGGCUCGCCCUGCGCCCUGGCUGCGUCUAUGCCUGGGAGGAACGUGGCCCGAACGCCGAGGUGACGGGCCUCGGCAUCGAGCGCUUCACAGAAGGGCGGCACUGGAGCCCAAGUCGCGUCCGUGAUGAGUUUCUCUUCUACCAUGAAAAAUAUGUCGCGCCAGACUCAACCAGUGAUGCCGCCGGAAAUCAACCACCACGAGGCUGGGAUCGACUGGUGAAGCAGACGUAUUCUGUUUGGGUGCAGACCCAGAACGGCAAACGAAAGUGGCAUCUCACAUCCUAUUACACCGAAGGUACUGUUGACAACCUCGGUACCGUCGACGACAUCGACAGUCUCCAGAACAUUACCAUUCCAGACGGCAUGUUCACCAAGAGCACCCGCUCCACCAAGAAUCGCAAGGCCCGUCAAGGCCGUACCAAAGACACAGAACCGGCCCCCGUGUCGAGGACAUACGCGCCGUACCCGUCAGAGGCGGCGAGCAGCCACCCGCCGCCACCCGCCUCGCCACCCCAGUCCCAGUCUGUGCAGAUGUACCACCCCUAUCCCAGAUCCAACCAGCAAUUUCCCGAAUAUGACCCCCAGCCCGUCCCGUCGUCCUCCGGGCGCCCCGCCGUGCCAAACAGUGGGCUAUCCUACUCCCAGACUCAGCCCUCGUACCCAGUCUCCUCCAUGCCUGGUCCCUCUCGACCACCGCCCCCUCCUAUAGCCUCCGGCCCACGGCCCGCCGUGAAUUACGCCCUCCCGCCCAGCCACCCGUCGCCUUCAUCCUCACACAGCUCGCGGUCGAGUCAGGAAAGUCCCUACCUCGAACGAGGCCCGUCACACUGGUAUACCGGCCCGCCCCAGCAGCCUUACGUCGAGAACCAGCCACUAGUCUAUUCGUACCCCGAACAAUCCCCAGCAUCAUUCAACACCACCUCCACCGGCUUUCCCCCGCAACACGCCCACCUAUACGCCAUGGUCAAAUCCCACCACCUCCCUCUCACGGGCAGCACCGUCCAGAACCUCGUUGCGCCUAUCCCCCUCUCCUCUUCGUCAUCGCUGCUUAUCCACGAUCAGUAUGAUCCCGGGGCCGAUUCGGACGGGACCCCGUCUUCUUCCAGCAUGUCCAGCGUGGAUGAGUCACGCAGGGGGGAUAUUGGUCCUAGUAGGGCCCUGGCGCCUCUCCAUACGCUCAAGCGGCGACACCCCUACCGCCGCGAUCCCGCCGACGACAAGGCCCUGAGGCUGCUUGACCCCAGUCUAGCUACUGGUACCUCUCCCGAAACUCAGUAGUGCUUGCACUGCCCAACUGACACACUUUUUUAAACAAUCGAUUGCUUGAUUAUAAUAAAAAUCAAACAACAUCCUACGUAUGUAUCCCUGGACCUCAUCGUGUUCUUAAGCACCGGCCUACUCCUCCUCACUCUUGUACAACUUUUCAAGUUCUGACCAAUGCGUAUAAAAGUUAGCGUCCCUACAUACCCCCCCGUUAUAUUUCAUUAGUAGCGCACCCCCCCUGUAUUAAUUAGAGCAUUCUCGGAGAACGUUACACGGUUACAAUCCUGGAUUAAUAACAUGAAAACCCUGGGAUCCGGAAUAGUGCAUUGGUAAGUGAACUGGUGCACUC